AACCUGUUAUUUUAAGUAAUGCGAAAGCGUCUAGAAUAUCAUUUCAUCUAGAGAUGUUAGAAGUAAAUGAGAGUGAUACUAUAUAUCUAACACUACCUCUCUACCAUUCGGCAGCAUGUAUUAGUUUGUAUGGUGCUAUGCGCACAGGCGCCACAGUAGUUUUACGGAAGAAGUUUUCAGCUUCUCAUUUUUGGCAGGAUGUAAGAAAAUAUAAUGUUACAAUAUUUCAAUAUAUUGGAGAGUUGUGUCGAUAUCUUCUAGCACAAAAACCAUCAGAAUUAGACAAGCAACAUAAAGUGAGAGCUAUUAUUGGCAAUGGUUUACGAAAAGAUAUAUGGACAGAGUUUCAGACAAGAUAUGGCAUUCCAUUUAUAUGUGAAUUUUUUGCAGCUACUGAUGGAAACACGUUACUCUUUAAUGCAAGUAAUAAACCUGGUGCUAUAGGAAGACUUUCUCCUUUUAUGAGAAGACUUGAACCCAAUCCCAGAAGAUUAGUUAAAUAUGACUAUAAUACAGCAGAACCUGUUAGAGAUGAAAAUGGUAGAUGUAUUGAAGUUGAUAAACCAGGGGAGGCUGGUUUGUUUAUAAGUUUUAUACCCCCUGAAGCUAGGAAUAAACCAAUUUAUCGAGCAGCUGCUGAAGCAACCGCAAAAAAAAUAAUCCGCAAUGCUUUUGUUGAUGGUGAUGAAUAUUAUAAUUAUGGAGAUCUGCUUUAUCGAGAUAAGGAUUACUUUCUAUAUUUUAAUGACAGAAUAGGAGAUACUUUCAGGUGGAAAGGAGAGAAUGUAUCUACAACUGAAGUAGCUAAUAUUUUAACCAAUGUAGAUUUUAUACAAGAUGCUAAUGUCUAUGGUGUUGCUGUUCCAGGACAAGAUGGCCGAGCAGGUAUGGCAGCUUUAACAUUAACCAAAGAUACAAAUUUAACUCCUGAAAAAUUACAGAAAAUUUACGAUUAUUGUGAAAAGGAAUUACCACGUUACGCUAGACCAAUAUUUCUCCGUAAUUUAGAAGAAGACAUUUUAACUGUUACCUUUAAACAAAAGAAGAACAAUAUUGUGAAAGAGGGCUUUAAUCCAAUGGAGAUAAAUGAUCAACUGUUUUUUAGAGAUGAACAAACCAGAACUUAUAUACCUUUAACAGCAGAUGUUUAUCCAAAAGUUCUUAAAGCAAAAUUAUAGAUUACACUGUGAUAGUUAAACUGUUUCAAUGGCAUUUUCUAAUUGAACUACAUAUAAAGCAUACAAUUCUAUGGAAUGCAAUUAGUGUUUAUUACUGAGCAAGGUUUCAACAAGCAAAUGAUGGCUGUGACAUAGACCAGAGAUGGGAACUCGAGUCCAACUUAAGUCACAUCAAUGAUCCGACUUUCGACCUGACUUGAAAUAUUUAUUGCACCUCGAGACUCGAGUUGGACUCUGCAGUCCUGAUGACAAGUGACUUGAAAGUGCGUAGGACUCAAGUUGCGGCACAGGGGCAUGAAUUGCUGACUCAUUUGAUGAACAGGCAACUUUACUUGGGACUCGACUCAGUACUAAAGUUAGCGACUUGGGACUCGAUUCAGACUCGAGGUGAGGCGACUUGGGACUCGACUCGGACUCGAAGUCCUGCGAUUUGUUCCCACCUCUGACAUAGACAGUAAUUGUAUUCCAUAGAAUUGUGUCCUGUGUUUAUACUAAGAUGGUUCUAGUAUUAUUUAGUUACUUAAUUAAAGAUGCAUUAUGUAAGAUUUAGAUAAAGAUCUAGCCAUUCUUUGAUGAUCUAGAGAGUUGUUUAUAGGCUAGUCAUGUGAAUGAAUGUCUAAAUAAUAGUUUAUAAUUCAUUUGAAGCCAAAAUAAAGAUCUGCUAUAGGGAAAUUUAAAUCUUACAUAAUGCAUCAAAAAUGAUGAAGAAAUCACCCAACGAAAGUCAUUUUUGCUUGGAUUAUUAUUUUUGAAUAAUAUUUCUGAGAGUAAAAAAUGUAGUAUUUUCUUUUGCUAAAGUCCUAAAUGAAAUUGGAAUGACAAUUUCUUCUUUUAUCUUAAUGUGUGAAAUUAUUGAUAUCUAAUGAUACUUUUGAAUCCUGUAAUAUGUGCUGUAAUCACAAGUUUUGGAAAAUGUGAAUUCAGAUUUUUGCUGCUGAUGUUAAGAUGGCCUGUUCUGAAAACAUUUGAACAACAACAAACUUCCAUGUGAUGAUUUUGAACUAAUUGUAAAAUACACCAACUUGUGUCGAAUGAUUUUGAUAUACUUUUUAAGUAUAAAGUUGUGAAUGCUUUUAAAAGGAAAUGAUUUGAAGGCAGCAUGAGUACAAAUAAUAGAUUGAGAUUCCUUUUAUACACUUAAUAAUAUUAAUUAAAACAUUGUUUAUAUUUUAUAUACUGGUAAAUAAUAUUGAUAUAAACCUUGUUUCAUAUACCGGUAAAUGAUAUUGCAAAAAACAUUAUUUUUUAUUUUAUAUAGCAUUUUACGUUUUAUUCUUUGGUU